AACACUGACUUAAAACUGCGUUGCGUUCGUUUAGAAAUUUAUUAUAUGGUUAUUUGAGCCUUUAUUAGUUCAUAUCGUGUUAAUACAUCGCGCUUUGUUAGAAUACUUGUGCUAAAUUGCCAAAGCCGGGACGUUCGCGUGCGAGUCCGGAAAAGAGGACUGAACAGUUUCGCGAGGUGCUUCCUUUGUUCCGCAAAAAAUAGAAAGCAAGAGAAAACGCAAAGCCUGUGAACAUAGCGGAAAGGUGUUUUCGAAGGCAUACAUCUUGCGCCACAUCAAAAGAUGCCAUAAGAUGGAGGAAAAAAUGACCGAUACUCAUGCUCUGUUUGUGGUCAAGAAUUCAAAGAAAGGUGGAUUUGCUCAAGGCAUGAGCAGAGUAUGCACUUCCAUGCAAAGCCUUUUAAAUGUACAGACUGCAGUAAAACUUAAACAUGAAUACCAACUGCACAUUAAUAUGAGGAAGAAUCAUGGAAAAGGACACCUCCUUUGAAUGUGACAAAUGUCAGAAAAGGUUUCAAAUAAAGUGCAAUUUCCAAAUUCAUCAGAAGGCUUGCAACAACCAGAACAACAGAAGAAGUUCAUCGCGCGUUUAAAAAAGCACUACAUUGACACGCUUAGUCACAGGUCCGUAUUGACAUUGAUGCCUAGCGGGGAUGAAUCCCUUAACAAAUUAUAUGCGGCGCCAUCAAUAUGCCGAAAAGCUGAAAACAGCGACGGAGAAAAAGAUACAGUUUCUACGUACAAAGAAAUAUUCUAUACGGGUGAAAAACUAAACAAGCGCAUAUUUUUGCAAGGUGAAGCUGGCAUGGGAAAGACUACAUUUGCCACUAAAUCGAUACUGGACUGGUGCAACCAAGUAGAAGCAUCAUCACUUCUACCUGAAAAAAGCCGUCAUUUCACGAUGCGAGCACGAUGCAGGAAUUUAAAUUAGCACUCUUUAUUUCAUUGAGAGAUUCUGCAAUUCAUCGCGAAGUGACAAAAAUGAUAGAAGAGCGAAUUAUCGACUUGGUGUAUGCAGUAACAGAACGUGAUGAGGCAUAUUUACUUCUAAGUAAACUAGUGCAAACAGAAAGAUGUUUGGUGGUACAAGACGGCUUAGACGAGUGGUGGGAUCCUGAAGGGAAGUUAGCUCAGCCUAUCUUAAUUUCCUGUUAUAGCCAGUGUACAAUUUUGACUACAACAAGGCCAUGGAAACUGACUGAUGAACGCAUUAAGAAAUCUCAAAUUGUCAGCUUAUUUGAGCUGAAAGGAAUCAGAUAUCCAUAUAUUCUCUGUAAAAACGUCCUGGACAGCUCUGGAGGUUUUACAUUAGAAACAUUUGAUGAUUUCCAAAAUUGUAUAGAAGAAAAUGGACUGGAUGAUAUACUGUUGUCACCAAUGUUGCUCUCGCUAAUUGUAUGUUCCUGGCUGGACGGACUACGAUUAACACGUUCAAUAUGCGAAGUCUAUAUUGUUUUAAUAGACGGACUUUUCAAGAAGGCGAGUGACGGGCAGAGCUAUUUUACACAGCCAACUUCACGGUGUUUUCAGAACACACGUUACUUUCAUCAAAAUAUGGAACAUUUUCUAGCCAUUUCCAAAACAGCAUUUUUAAUGAUGUUUUCAGCCGAGCUGGAGCAAUCUUUAGUAAUUAGUGAUCAACAAUUGGCGCAAUACCUGCCACAAGAACACAAAGAGUUUGCUCUUAAGACAGGUAUUCUUUCGGAAAGAAAAUCUAUCUGCAGAACCUAUCAAAGAUCAACGUGUUCAUUUAUUCAUAAAAGUAUGCAGGAUUUUUUUGCGGCUGUUCACAUAGCUUACAAUUCUGCUGAUCUUGGUUUCGUAUCUAGAUAUAUGACCGAACAUUCUGACGUAAUUUUUGGAAAUUAGAUAUUUAUUUUUUUAUGCGGAUUAAACAUUCAAGCAGGAAACAUGUUAUCGCGCAUAAUAUACAGCAUUGUUGAUAAGUGUGAUGCACAUGCAUUAGAGGUUGUUACAGAAUUAUACAUAUCGGGGUUUAUAGAAGUUCAACGGAAUGUUCAGAAUUUGAAUGAAAUUAAUCUUAAGCUCAGUGAAAUAUAUAGUACAGUAAAUGUCAAUAUGAAAGAUGCUUUAAGCAUCAUACGAAUGAACACGCCGAACGUGAAGCAUCUGACUCUAUCUUUUCCGUACACACAUAAUGGCGGCGUUGAUCAAGAGCGUCGGCUGGAUUUGUCUGCAUUUCUUUUUGAAAAUCUCAAGAUACUUGAAUUGUGUUGUGAGUGUAAUAUGCUGGACUUGACGAGUUGUCAUAGUUUGGGGAGUGUGUCACUUAGAGAUGGAAUAACGGUUCAUGGACUUUCAAAGCUGGAGAGUCUGAAGAUGAAGGAUUAUGUGUGUAAAGAAUUGGACUUAUCAUAUUGUCCCAAUCUAGAAACUAUAAAAGUGACUGUAAAUGAAUUAGGCGAUGAUAUCACACUAAUACCCAGUGCCCUUAAUGGACUAGCAAAACUAAAAAGGCUUAAGAUGAAGGACUGUGUGUUUGAAGAGAUGGACUUGUCAUCUUGUCUAAAUCUGGAAAGUAUCAUUAUUCGUGGAGGGGGCACACUUAAAGCUAAUGCCCUGCAUGGUCUUGCAACACUGAAUAACUUAGUGAUGGAAAUUCGUGGGUGUAAAGGUUUGGACUUAUCAUCGUGUCAGAAUUUAGAAAUUAUUGAUCUUCUUGGAGAGAUCAAACUAAAACCUACUGCCCUUCAUGGACUUACCACACUUACGAACCUUAAGAUGAAAUAGUGUGAGUGUAAAGGGUUGAACUUGUCAUCGUGUAACAAUCUAGAAACUAUUGAUCUAAGCGGAGAGAUAACACUGAUACAUACAGCCCUUUAUGGACUUUCAAAACUGAAGAGCCUAAGUAUGAACAAUUGUGGGUGUAAAGGGUUGGACCUAUCAUCUUGUCACAGUCUGAAAACUAUAUAUCUCCGUAGAAAGAUCACUCUUCUACCUACUGCCCUUCAGGGACUCAAUAAAUUAAAUGGAGGACUGUGGCUGUGAAAAGGUGAAAGAUUGAACCUCUCAUCCUGUCAUAAUCUGGACUUUAUAGAUGUGAAAGGAGACAUUACGAUUGAUUUCAGUGGCCUUACAAAACUGAGGCACCUAAGGAUUAAUUCUAGUAAUAGGCUUACAUUAAAAUGUAAUGACAUAUGUUCUCUUGAGAAUCUAAUAGAGCUUGAAUUGUGUGGGUGCAGAUGUGAGAUGUUAGACUUUUCUGCGCGUACAAAUCUUCGAACAAUACACAUCGAAGGAGAAAUCACGUUGCUCUCUAAGGGAUUUUCAAACCUUCAGCAGCUUGAGGAACUUGUAUUGAAUUGUUUCUAUGAUGGGUUAGAUAAGUCUGCUUGUUAUAAACUGUACAAGGUAAGAAUUUUCGGAACAAACUUUCUAACACCAAGCAGAAAACGUGCAGGAAUUGAUUUGUUUAAUUGUUUUUAUGAUGGCUUAAUGAUUUAUAGCAACGAUAAAUUUAAUGGUAAUAUCACAUUACUACCAAAUGGUUUAAAUCGAUUAACAAAAUUGAAGUAUCUUUAACUUCAUUGCAAAUGUAAAUCGUUAGAUUUGUCGUCAUGUGCGGAUCUAAGAAAAAUAAAACUAGGGUCAGAUAUUAUAUUGCUUUCUAGACAAAUGCCGAUACUUAAGUUGUUGAACUUUCUGAUAUUGUGUAACGAGUGUCAAGGACUGGAUGUGUCUUCGUAUCAGGAACUGUAUUUAUUGUUUAUUGGAGAGCAGGUGACUCUAUCUACAGAAGGGUUGCAUGCACCUGAUAAAUUAAAGUAUAUGUUCAUGUUUUGCAAAAGUGAUGGUUUGGAUGUGUCGUCUUGUAAAGAUCUCAUCUACUUAUUUAUUGGCAAACAAAAUUACAUCACACAAUUUGAUGCACACAAUCAUAAACAAAUUCGGCAUCUGAAAUUAUGCUGCAAAUGCGAAAGUUUUGACUUGUCAGAAUGCCAUAAACUAAGAACAUUGUUUCUCACUGAAUCGACGGCGGUGUCGAUAAGUUCAGAGUAUUAUCUAUGUCUGGAAGAAUUGUGCCUCAUGGAGCCAGUGCAGAUAUUACCAAAUUCACUACCAUACCGUCAUUGAAGGUAUUGAAGCAUUUAACUCUAGGAAGUAAGUUUAAAGACUUUGAUGUGUCGCUUUGAUGCAAAUCUUAAAACGCUAACUCUCAGUCAACCAGUUACAAUUUCACUUAACGUUCUUCAACAUCUUCCGAUGCUCCAGUGUCUCAUAGUUAAACCAGUCCCAUAUGUGUUUAAUUUGACUUACGAUUCAAAAGAUCUGAUGUCACGUAAUUCAAACGUGCUUCAUUUAAAUCAUUUAAAUCAUUUGGAUAAAGUAUUUGAAGACGGCAAUUAUCUCUCUACUCUAUAGGGUAAAACAUUUUGUUUUUUGAGUAAAGCGAUCAGGAUUCCCCCCUUGUGAAUUUCGAAGGAUGUCGGACCCAUUCGGGCUUUGCUUAGGAUAAAAAUGGGUGAAAUUAGAAAAUUUAAGUUAUUGAACGUUUAUUUGAAAGCGGGUGUCAAGUUAACGGUGUUGUUCGCUAUUUGUUUUACUACAUUGCAAAAAAUAAAAAUAAAGUAACAAUAAACGCAGGACUGACUAACAAUUUGUUUCAGAAAUAAAUACUGUAUUUCUUAUUAUUAAAUACAAACAAACACAUAACAACUGAUAAUUACCUACAAACAUCCAUUCGCCAGUUAACACGCUUCGCAUACUUUAUGUUCAACAUAAAUUUCUCUGAUACUGGCAAUUCCUUUGAGCUCGUGAAUCAUCUAAAUUUAGUUUAUUGACAACUAUUUUGAAAAUAACAUGAGUAUUGACACUUUGCUGGUAAAGUAAUAAUUACAAUGCACAUUCAAACAGCUAAACCAGGUAAUUAUAUCGAUAUUUCUGUAAACUGCACUGUUUUAAAUGAAGUAGAUAAAUACAGUGUAUGAUACUGCAUUGUAACUGCCGCUUAAGCGCAAUUUUCUACGCCUCGCCAAUUGUCUCAGGUGUAAUCAGUGUCACCCGUUAACGGAAUAUAUAGGCUUGGACAAUGAAGUGACCCCAUCAUAUGGCUUCGCGAGCUUUUUAAAGAAGCGAACCCCACCUGUUGGCAUAAGUGUCUUUACAGUGUAUUGUUGAAAAUAUUAAACACGUCAAUUAGCUAAUUAAAGCAUGUAGCUGGCAUUUUGGGUUGUUUCCAGACGACAAUUGAAUGGAAGGGAUGGCUUGCAUCGACACGCCAUACUGGCCAGGGAACACUGACAGCAAUACUACUGUAACGGUUGAUUCAAACAACGCAUGUAUGUUUUGAAUAGAUCCAUGAUAAGUAUUACUGCUUAACAAUAUGAACAAAUUUAGCAAUACUACUAAAGUAUAUACAUUCAAUUGAUUCUUUAACAUGUAUUGUUGUUUUUCUUCUAAAAAUGAAUUUUGUUUUGAUUUCUUCAAUUGAAUGUUUGUUAUUUGUUUACGUUAUAUCGACUGUUCAUACUGUAUGUAAUGUUAUUUGUUAAAUAUUAGUUUCUUGACAAUAUUUAAUAUACUAUUAUUUCUAAGAGGCAAAUUGCGGAAUUGGACGCAGCAAUGUUUAGAUGUUUCUUUUCUGUCAUGUCUGUUUGCCAUUUAACAUAUCCCUCUAGUUUUUCGUUAUAUUCAAAUGCGCAUGUUAAAUUAUUUAAGUAGAUGUAUAUUUGAACUGAAAUUAAGUUAACAUAUAACCUCGUUUUUUUGUUUUGUAUAUAUUAAGACAUUUAAACAAUUUAUAUUGCAUGGACGUAUAUUUAUCUUUCAUAAAACAACUGCAGAAACAUCCUCAGCGAUAUCAAAAACGCGUUUAGUUAACUUUAUAUUUCAUGAUUAAUUCAAUUUACUCAAACUAAAUUUAAUUUUAACUUAAGAUGAACAUUGCUAAACAUAAAUGUACAUUCAGAAACCAAUCAUCCACAAAAUUUAUUUCAGAAUUUAACGAGAAUUAUACAUAACACAAAUGUUUUUUCAUGUACUUAUACAUUUGCAAAUAGUCAACCUUUAUAAACUUUGUUAAUGCAAUUAUACUUUAAGAUAAAAUAUGAUAUAUUUAUUUAAUGGAUUGAAAUCAGUCGGUAACAAUAUUGAUUGCUAUUGUUUUUACCCUAGCAUCAGUUGUUUGAAAGGUUUCGUUUACUUCACUUGCUACUAUUUGUAUUGAUAAAAGAUAUCGGGAAUUUUAAAGUUUUUGUGUAAUCGUCUUUAUCAAUUCAGUCUGUACCUUUUCAAGUAGUCAUAUUUUAACUUUUGUUUAAAUGUUUAUUUUUUAAUAGAAAAGGCAAAUUAUUGUCUUCACAUAUUUAUAUCAUUCAACAUUUGUCUGCAUGAAAUGUCUUUGUAUCACGUUGCUUAGCUUAAUCACUGUCCAGAACGAACUGAUAAAGCCAGAAUUUAUAUUUUCAAUCUACCUUUCUCUGUCAAAGGCUAUACAUUAUUUUGAAGAAUUCGAUUUCAAUACUUUAUAAUAGCAUUAAUAGCAGUACGUUGGUAUUAUUCGUCAACACGCCAUUGCUCACUGGUGCUUUAUUGGUAUGUUAAUCGAUAGUAGACCGCCCAUUUUAGUACCAUAUUCAGUGUGUAAUAAACUGUACGUUCGUUUUCACCUACAUUCUCCUUAAUUAAUUAAGUCAGUGUGUGUUACUAUAGUUUAAUAUCACAAACGUGUUUUUAUUUAUUGCAUGUGUAUAUUGUAUGUAAUAAAAUAUAUGAACUGGUUAUCAUUUAUGUAAACCUGAUUAAGUUUUAAUUCUUCAUAUGUAAUUGCUAUAUACCAUUUGUAAUUGUGUAAUUAUGCCUUCAUGUACAAUUGCACAUUCAUACUUCUUUUCAGUUGACGUUUUUUUUUGUUACUCGCAUGCAUUACGUAUCUAAUAGUGUUUUAUGUGUAAUUUCUUUGUAUGUAAGGUGCAACUGAAUUAAUUUGGCCAAACAACACUUAAACGUUACCUCUGUUUUGUUAUAUUUGCUUUUACUGACAAUAAUAAUAACAGUUAAGGUGUUUAACAGUUGAAUAUAGGGGCCGUGCAAAAAUCACCAAUUACAGACUUUUCAAAUGCAGUAAGAAUAUGUUUAUUAAAGGAAUGCUGGUAUUAUCCACAAACUAUGAGAAUCUUCACGGAACAAUCACAAUUAACGGCAAUUAACGGCCGAUAACGUUUCCUGAUUAAUCCAUCAAAGAAAUAAUUGCACCUCCGAUUUUUGAAUACAGAAUGGCCGUGAUGUUCAUAUGCGCUCACCAGAUAUAAAUUAUUAAAGAAAUAACUCGGUAAGUUGGUUUGAAAAAGAGUUCCUUAUGAAGCAGUUUUCAAUUA